UCUCCCAACCCAACAACGCUCCCUUGAGCAAAGUCGUCGACUCCAACGGCCGGCGUCUCCACUUCAUCGGCGCCGCCGCACCGGCGCGCCUAAUCCGCGACCCCUUCCCUCAGCAAUCUUCGAGAGAUUUCAAGAUUUGGGUCUCAAGAAAGCCUCGUUUCUCGUCCCGCGGGCGGAGCUCGACGAACUCCGGGGAAGAAAGAGCACAUGGAAGUACCGGUCGCCGCUCCGGAGAGGGGCGGCGAUCUCAUCGGCGCCCUUCCGGACGGCGUCCUCGAAGACAUCAUCGGCUUCUUGCCGGCCCAGGAUGCUGUCCGUACCUGCGUGCUGGCCCGGCGCUGGCGCCACCUCUGGAAGUCCGCCAAGGCCCUCCACGUCGUCGGCGGAGACGGCAAGUUCCUCGAGUCCGUGAAGGAGCUCCGGGAGUUUGUAGAGUAUCUGCUUCUCUCCCGUGGAGGCGCGCCUCUAGACACGUUCGAGCUCAGGUUCGGCAACUUCGGUGACUUCAAUUUCUUGGGGUUCAGUGAUGAAGAUUUGCCCAGCUUGAAGAUCUGGUUUUGGUAUGUUGUGACGCGCAAAGCUCGGGUGCUCAGGCUCCGUUUGCACAAUGACUUUGAGGGGUUCCACGCCUUGCCUGAGCUAGGUGGCUUGCCUAUGGCCUCCAAGCAUCUGACGAGGCUAGAGCUUCAUGGUGUUGCGGUUUACAGAAGUUUCCCUGAUUUCUCAAGCUGCCCGGCUUUGCAACAUCUGGAGUUCAACAAAUGUGAAUUCUCCUUGGUCAAGAAGAUUUCGUCUGAUUCCCUUAAAUAUCUGAGCAUCACUGAGUCCAUUUGUGGGUUUUAUGAUUCUUUCCGCACACACAUUUGUGCUCCCAAUCUGGUUUCACUGCGUUUAGAUAAAGUUUAUGGGUGUACUCCGGUUCUUGAGAGCAUGCCAUCAUUAGUGGAGGCAUUUGUCAGAAUACCUGAGAACUGUUUGGACCAGUGCGGACAAUGGCAUGCGAACUAUUGGGAUUGUGAUUGCAAGUCUUGCGACCAUCAUGAUAACAGUGUUGAUGGCCAUGACUGUUGUGUGCUGCUAAAAGGUUUAUCAGAAGCUAAGAAGUUGGCGUUGUUUUCUUGCCCUGUAAUGUAUAUUUUCAAAAGGGACUUGAGAUGCUGCCCUAUGUUUAGCAAGUUGAAGAGUUUGUUACUCAACAAAUACUGGUCUGAGCCUGAUGAUUUACGUGCACUUGCAUGUAUUUUUGAACAUUCACCAGUUCUGGAGAAGCUCACUCUUCAACUAUUUCUUGAGGUACCUACAAAUGUAGAGGAAAUGAAAGGAAGCCCUGAUCCAGCUGAGGUAUCAGCUGCUAUAUCAGAAUGCCUUCAGAUAGUGAAAGUCAAAUGUGAAGUGUUUGAUGAGAAAGUUCUUAAUGUUUUGAAGUUCCUUCGUAAACUUGGCAUUCGUUUUGAGCAGCAUGGGGUUUUGUCUAGUAUAUUAGGCAAAUAUACAAUGCAAAGCUCCAUCUUGGGAAAGAUCGUUGCUGCCAACCAAGGAUGAUAUCUUUUUUCUCUGUUAUUCUUCUCAGUUUUAAUUGUAGCUGCAGGAACAACUUAGGGGUCAGUAAUUAGUCAUUUCGAACAUUUAACUGGACCUGGUUUACCUCGCUAUGGUUUUGGUACCUUCUUCCUAGCUCCUUGCUAUGUCCUGUGCAAUUUGUGAACAACCCAGUAUUAUAUAUUUUCUCCUAGCUGAGCCCAGUUCCAGUGAUUCUGGGAUUGGAUCUGCUGUCAUGCUGGGUGAGUGCUAUUACAAUCACAUGAUUAAAAGACUUAGCAGCUCAUGAUUUUACAAAUGUUGGCCCGACAA